UAGCAUGCGCACAGCUUUUCAGUUUUCUAUCCUUCCAGUGAACCGAGAGAGAGAAAGAGAAAGAGAGAGAGAGAGACUGUCUUGUCGCUUCCGGCUUCAAACGCACACACAAACUGCGCUUUACUACGAACAGAGAGUCGUCGAGCAACAGGCAUGACACCAGAAACCUCCCCAGAAACUAUUUAUCCCGAGGGCAACUGUGAGAGGAUUUAGCUCUGAAGUUUUCCCGAAAAGACCCGGGAGAGAGAGCGAACGCCCUGCUCGCGAGGGAGAGAGAGACAUUUUGAAAUCUUCUUCUGGAUAUUUUGGUGAAAAUGUGAAGAAGCAGAAAAGGAGCGUCAAACAAGUUCGUUCACGGUGGAAAUCAAAGACGCACAAUAAGAGUAGAGCAUAAGUUGAUUUGGUGCAGAAGGACCCGCGUAUUUUGUCUGUUUUCUGGGGGGUUUCGAGUGCCAGACACAAGAGAGAGGAAUUAUCCUCCGGUUGUUACUGCUGGUAUCUGUUUGUAAUAUUACUCAGACCAAUAAAAGUGUCCUGGAGAAGCUCUACAGAGGACGGGCCGGCGCUGAGUGGUGGGUGCAGAUUCUUUAGCUGUGUGGAGCUGUAGCUGCUGCUGACUGAAUGCAGAGGAAACACUGAAGACUGUUCUCCAGACCUCCCUGCAGCUUCAAGGGAGAUUGUCAGAUGUGUACCCAGCACUCAAAGCCCCCAGUGCGGCCUUGGGGAUGGCAGCCUCUGCCCUGAACCUGAACGGCCUCAGAGUCAUGAACAGUAACCAGUUUCACACCCAGUCAGGCUCCUCUAGCACCACCUCUCGAACUAGAACCAGCCCAGUUGCCCGACCUGUGCUGCCAGUUCCGGAUAGGAGCACCUACUGCCAGUUACUGGGUGGAGGUCUCUACAGCCCAACCAGCCCCAAGACAAGCCCCCGAGCACUGGGUCAAACGUUUGUCUUCCCCCCCCCAUCCUCGCUCUCCCCUAGCUCCACCCGUCGUGCUCAUUCCCCCUCCCCACGGAGCCCAGAACUUCUAGGAGUCAAUGUGGGCCGGCGGGUCCGACGCCUGAGCUCGCCGGGUGGAGAAGGGAAAGGGGAAGGAGACGGGCAGGAGGAGAGCAGAGGAGAGACGGGAGGAGGAGAGAGGCGAGAGGAGAGGAGACGCCAGGCGCAGCUGCUGCAGAUCCACAGAGAGCUGCAGAACGUUGAGGUCAGGGGAAAAGUCGGCAUUUUUGAGGCCCACAUUUCUGGAAUUCGUGCCCAGGUGCUUAACAGCGAGCUCCAGCGCAGCCCUCGAUCUCCGAGACGAUCGACUAGCCAAACACCUUCCCAACCCAGCCAAGGAAAUAAAGCCCUUGAAUGCCUAAUGACUCACCCACAAGAGAACCAGAUUCCCUCGUUUGUCCAAAAUGGUAGAGAAAUGGGGGAAGAAACAUCAGAAAGAGAAAGGAGAGAAGGAGAAAAGAACGAUGGCAAGGACAGCAUUGCUGCCAAAAUGGUCAUGGAGAAGACACUGAUUGGUCACCAUGGCCAUCAUUCAGAAACAACAAUGCAAACUCCCUGUAUAGAUGGACCGUUUAUUGUUCGGAGUUCCCUUGAGACAUUUUCAGAUGCAACAACAGGCAGAGAGAAAAAAGAGGGAGAAAGACCAGGAGAAAAGGAAAGAGGGGAGGUAGAAAGCAAACAAAUGUUGGGAGACGAACAAAAACAGACUGUGAAAGAAGCAAGAGCUGAGAAAGAGGGCCAGGUGUGUCCUGAGAUGCUGCUCAAGUCAGAGGCAAACAGGAUGGAGGAUAACCCAGAAACCUGUGCUUUAUCUCAGGCACAAAGCAGUGAGCACUCGCUUUGCUUGCUGGGCAUCACCAAUUACACCUCCAACCACUCUCCCUCCAUCCCUGCAGUCAUAAUAACUGACCAUGGUUUAGAAAGCCCUGGCACAGACCAGGGACUAUGCUUCACCCCUAGCCCCUCUUCAAGCCCUAUCCCUGGACUGAACUCAUCCAGUUGCUCCCUCAGGAAGCUGUCAUCCUCUUCUGCCUCCUCAGCCGGUUUCUCCUCAUCUUGGGAGGAAUCAGAGGAGGAUAUUUCCAGUGAUACAGAGAAAGGGGAGCAUCUUCUCAACCCUGUGCUCCUCAGUACUCAACAGAGAGCACACAAGUCUUGGAAGAAAAUUAAGAACAUGGUUCACUGGUCUCCAUUUGUCAUGUCCUUCAAGAAGAAAUAUCCCUGGAUACAACUGGCCGGGCAUGCAGGGAGCUUCAAGGCAGGAGCAAACGGCCGCAUAUUAAAAAAACACUGUGAAUGUGAGCAGCGAUGUUUAUCCCUCCUGAUGAAGGACGUGCUGCGCCCGUACGUCCCCGGUUACCAUGGAGACGUGGAGAAGGACGGCCAGAAAUACAACCAGAUGGAGGAUCUGCUGGCUGAGUUCGAUUACCCAUGUGUGAUGGACUGUAAGAUGGGAGUGAGGACGUACCUUGAGGAAGAGCUGACUAAGGCACGUAAGAAACCCUCUCCAAGACCCGACAUGUAUCAGAAAAUGAUUGAGGUUGAUCCUGGGGCACCUACAUCAGAGGAAAAUGACAAGAAAGCGGUGACCAAACCAAGAUACAUGCAGUGGAGAGAGACCAUAAGCUCAACAGCUACCCUGGGAUUUAGGAUAGAGGGAGUAAAGAAGGAGGACGGGACAGUGAACAGAGAUUUUAAGAAGACGAAGACAAGAGAGCAAGUUACUGCAGCCUUUUACGACUUUGUCAAAGGAAAUAAGGACAUACUGAACGGUUACUUAACCAGGCUGAAGGAAAUCAGAGACACUCUGGAGAUCUCCCCGUUCUUCAAAAUCCACGAGGUGAUUGGCAGCUCCUUGUUGUUUGUUCACGACAGCAAGGGACGGGCCAAAGUCUGGAUGAUUGACUUUGGGAAAACCACACCUCUUCCUGACGGGGAGGAACUGACCCAUCGAGCAUCGUGGGUAGAGGGCAACAGAGAAGAUGGCUACCUUUUUGGACUUGAUAGUUUGGUGGACAUCAUUUCAACCAUGGGAACACGGUGGACUUUCACAAGGACUCCGUCACAGAUGCUUGUCCUCCUGUAGGAAACCACAUCAUCCGAAAGCAGUGUGUGACCAAGGCAUUGACAGAUGCAUUCUCUUUAUUCAUUUUCAGUGGAGAGUCACAGCAUAGUUCUUCCCCAUUCAUAGCAUUCUUGUGUCAUCCAUACCCCCUCGAGGGCAGGCCGUAAGCAGACAUGUUACGACAGGUGUUACUAAUGACUGUAGCAACAUCUCUGUUCACAUAAGUGUCCCAGUAAUUCAUGAACAAUAUUAACAACAACAUUAAUGCACAAUAUCAUUAAUGUUGUUGGUUACACCUGUGUUUUUUUCUUAUGAACUGACUGCUGUAAAAAAGUGUAACAUUUACAUGCAUUAUGUAUGUAUGUGUUUAUAAGCAGAAGAUCUAGAUUGAUUAAACUACAUUAAAGGGUUAGGUUCUGAAUAUUCUAUAUUUUUGUUUCUGUGAACGAAUCCCAUGAAAAAAGCAAACCAACAAUGUGUCAGUCCACCACUGUUGCCUGGUUUGUCUGUGGCUCUACCCCAAGUUUAUUUAUUAAAAAAGGCAGAAUCAUUUCCUAAAAUAGCUGGACAUUGCAGUUUUUAGCAAACCUUAGUUCACUCUAGUGGAUAUCUAGAGCAGCGGGACAGUGCAUGUGGAAUUAAAAUGAACUAUGCCUGUGUUUCAUAAUCAAGACCUAUAAACACACAGUGCAACAGUGUGGCUCACUGACACGUUUUGGACAGCAACUGAUCUCUAUGGCACAGAGAAAUAUGUUGUAUUAUGGUUUGCUGUUCUUUAUAGGCCUUGGACUUUUCUCAGGAUUUGUUGAUAAUAACAAAAAUAUCAAAUAUUACCAGAGUGGAAAGCAACAGUGUGUGGAAACUGAAAAAUCUGGACUUUGGUGCCACCUAUUGGUGAUAACAAAAAGGACAUUGUUAAUGUCUACCACCUUAAAUUGAAAGAUGCUUUAAUGCCAUAAACAUUAUUUACAUAUA